AAAAUUAAAUAUUAAAUAUUGAUUUAUUUUGGCAAAUUAUUAAUUACUUUCUUUUAUAAAAAAUAAAUAAAUAUUUCUCGUAAAUAUUUUAUUUUAUAUUUGAUAUUAAGAUAAAAAUUCUGAGGUAAAAAGAAGAAGAGAAAAAAUUAUAAAUCUAAAGAUACUCGUAAGACAAAAAAACUGACAUGGCCAUUCUCAAAUCCUGUUGUUUGUGCUUCUCCCUGAGGCAGGGGAGUAUGAUAUCCGCGAUCAUUACCUUGAUUUAUUUCCUGCUACAAGCCAUAUCCAGAAUAUACUAUUUGACGGCAUGGAACAAGAAGAAUAUAGAUUAUCUUCACGCCGGAACGACUCCUGAUAGAAUAAGAGGUUUCAAUAUUGGAUGGGGUUUGGAACUUUUGUUCGCCAUAUUCGUGGUCAUCUCAUCGAUAUUUCUGAUAAUGGGUAUUAGACGGAAUAAUCGGAGUUACUUUGUACCAUGGAUGGUGAGUCUAAUGCUCAUGAUAAUAAUAGUCCUAUGUUCAUCGAUUGCCACCUUAGCUUUGGGGCACGGUGUGGUCAGCUUCCUAGCUAGCGCCAUCGUCAACAUAAUUGUGGCUCUCUUUUUGGUUUAUUGUUUGCUCUGCGUGGUGUCUUACUACCAAGAAUUGGGAGGUUGAAAAGAGAUUUUAAGGAAUGAACGAAAUUUUGAAAUUGGAUUCACAAUAAUGGCGGGAACCAAAAAAAAUUAAACUUUUAUUUUAAACCAAUUUGUAUUCUACUCAAAAAAAAACAUUAACUAAUGGGUUUGUGUACUAAUUUAUAUAUAUAUAAAAAAAUUAUAUUUGCAAAAUAUAUUAUAUAAUAUAAAAUAUACAAUUUGCGCUUAUAUAAUUAUAAAUAAUAAUUUUACCUUUUUAAAUUAAUUAAUAUUAUUUUUUUAGUUUUUUUUAAACCCUAUUUUAUUGUCAAAUAUUAUAUAAUAUCUGUAAUGAUAAAAAAAUUUAUAUUAUAAAUUUGUUCAUAGAUUUAUUAAAACCCUUAUUUAUGUAUUUUUUUAAAACAAAAAGAAUUAUGUUAAAUAGCAGCAGCUCAUUAAUU